GUGAGAUAUGAUGAUGAAAUAGAGUAUUUAAGAGUGUAAAGCAUAAGAAUUUAAUUAUAGUGAUAAGCAUAAAAUAGUUAACAAUGAGCCAUUAUUCUAGAAAAUUGGAGCAGCAAAGGUCAAUUCUGGAGCAACAAAUUAAAACAAAAAGACUUCAAGCGCCUCAUAUACGUGCUUCAGAUUUACAAAUUAUGCGUAGUGAUGGAAAUAAAGACGGAAUACUGGCAUAUAAUGGGCCUAUGAAUUUUUUUAAUAGUGAUCCUGACCACAUAGAAGUAUUGGAAUCAAAAACCACAUCGAAUAGUACAACAGAGGUGUAUUCAUUUAAUGAUAACAAUGUUUCCUUAAAUCAUUCUGCACAUACGCGACGUGAUAGCGAAGACGAAGAAAGUUCACCGAUCAUACCAGAACAUGGAGUUCUGCAAGCAGAUUAUGCGUCAAUUGAUAAUCGCACGGAAUCAACAAGCAGUACUAGUCGAAAUAAUUCAGCAUUUAGUGGAACUGAAGUUGAAGGUGAUAUAACUGGCAAUGUUGAGCAUUGGGUUCUGUCGCCUGGUAAACAAGGUGUUCUUUAUAAAUGUCGUAUCACUCGAGAUCGUAAAGGAAUGGAUAAAGGCCUUUUUCCUAUCUAUUAUUUACAUUUGGAACGAGAUACUGGCAAAAAAGUGUUCUUACUUGCUGGGCGAAAGAGAAAAAAGAGUAAAACCUCGAACUACGUCAUCAGCUGUGAUCCGACUGACUUGAGUCGGCAAACGGAUGGAUAUGUUGGAAAAUUACGCUCAAAUGUCCUUGGGACAACUUUCUUUAUGUACGAUAAUGGCUCAAAAAGUAAUAAGGGCGAAUCAUCUCCUCGAUUGGAUCUUGGAAUUGUUAUUUAUGACACAAACAUAUUGGGAUUCAAAGGUCCUCGAAGUAUGACUGUUUUAAUACCUGGCCUGGAUGACAGCGACGAACGUGUCAAGAUUAUUUCAUCUGACGACUCACAGCAGGGCAUUCUGGAUAGUUGGAAAACAAAGAACAUGGACAGUCUUGUUGAAUUGAGGAAUAAAACGCCGGUCUGGAAUGAUGAAACACAAUCAUAUGUACUUAAUUUUCAUGGACGUGUGACAAAGGCAUCAGUAAAGAACUUUCAGCUUAUUCACGAAAGCGAUCCAGAAUAUAUAGUAAUGCAAUUUGGACGAACUGCCGAUGACGUUUUUACAAUGGAUUUCAGAUAUCCGUUAUGUGCACUGCAGGCAUUUCAAAUAGCUCUCAGCAGCUUCGAUGGAAAACUCGCGUGUGAAUAAUUUACUUUAUCAUUUUUUUUCUUUCACAUUCUGUCACUUUUUCUCAGUAUUUAUCGUAUUUAUGAAACAUAAUUAGUUCCAUUCUCAUCUAUCCAUCACAUCCUCAUCAUCUUGAGCGAGAGAGAUUUUAUGUAAAUUUUGUUUUUGUGUUGAACCAAAAUUGAAUUCUCAUCAUACGUAUUAGUUUAGCUUUGAUUAUUAUUAGAUAUUACUUAUUUAAGUAGAAACUGAAGUAUUGAGAUUUUAUUAAUUA